UUAAUUGAGAUGAAUAAUUACUCUUUAAUAUGCCUUAAAGCUCAGAAAUCAGGAUUGAUGCAACUGGGUUCACCAACUGAAUGAACUAUGAAUCCUCCAUUUUCUGCUCAUAUUUAAAUGAUGUUAUAUAAACUUUAAGCUAGCAACUGGGCACACUUACAUUUUUGUGUUCAUUAACUACAUUUCGAUGGUGAUCCUCUAUUCAGCUAUAAUAUUGGCCUUCCGGAGGUAUUUCCACAUGCGAUUAUAGUAAAACAACUCUCAAAUUUCCAAAAAUGUUGUCUUAUUCGUUCAAGAUUAGAUGUUUGAAAGAAAAAUGAAAAAUCUGCCUGCAGAGUCUAUUAAAUUUAUACCACCGCAGACUCCUACUGUAGGGAUCAUAAAGACGCAUUCAAGCUCACUUUUAAGGUCUUGGGCAUCCUCAGGAUAUGUUAUUGACUGAGUGUGAAGGAGAUUCGAUCCAAAGAAAUUUUGAUUCCUAGUUCUCGAGUACUUAGAGAAAUCCAUCAUUAAAUUUACUAAAAGUCUUAUACAUUUUAACAAUUUUUGAAAUAUAUCAGGACUAAUUCAAUGUUAGAGUGACUUUUCUUGCCUUUUUAGUUUGAUUUCCCCAGAGUAAUUCCAUAAUGGGGCUCUAUAACUG